AUGUCUGGCAAGACCAUGAGCACAGAGGGCCUCGACCCCAACGACAGCAACGUCCACCUCGUGUAUAUCCCCGCCGCGGUCUUUGUCAUCAUAUGUCCCGUCCUCGUCGCCCUGCGCGUGUGGGCGCGUCUACGGGGAGGUGGUAGCAUGGGCCCCGAUGACUACGCUGCCAUUGCGGCUCUGAUCUUCGUGCUCCUCCUGAGCGGCUUUCUCGUGGCCGCCUGCCAGUAUGGCAUGGGGAGACACAUGGCCUUCCUCGAGCCCGAGGUCAAGUACGAGACCAUGAAGUUCUUUUACCUCGCGCAGGUCGUCUACAAGGCCGCCAUCAACCUCUCCAAGGUCUGCAUCCUGCUGCUCUACAUGCGCAUCUUCAACAAGAUCCGCUGGUUCCGCUUCGCCUGCUGGGCCCUGCUGGGCUGCGUCGGCAGCUACAUGGUCGCCUCUGUCUUUGCGACCAUCUUUCAGUGCGCGCCCAUUGAGCGCUCCUUUGACAAGUCCAUCGAGGGCACCUGCGUCGACAACAGCCAGUUCUGGUACGCCAACGCCGGCUUCUCCAUCGCCACGGACGUGAUCAUCCUGCUGCUGCCCAUGCCGCUCGUCUACCAGCUGCAGGUCCCCUGGCCGCAAAAGGUGGCCCUCAUGGCCGUCUUUGCCCUCGGCAUCUUCGUCGUCGUCACCUCGUGCCUGCGCGUCACCACCCUCGACAUCCUCGCCACCACCCCGGACACCACCUACGACAUUGCCAACGUCAUGUGGACCAUUAUCGAGCCCAACAUCGCCGUCGUCUGCGCCUGCCUGCCCAUCCUGCGACCCUUUAUCGUCAAGCUCAUCCCCAUGCUGCGCAGCAAGGGCUACUCCAACAACCCGUACGCCACACCCGGCUACGGCAUCGGGACGCACAAGUCUCGCGGCCUCGGCACCCAGGUCGGCGGCACCCAGGUCCGCGGUGGCGGUGGUGACGAUGAUGCGCACUGGGUUGAGAUUGGUGGCGGCAAGAAUGACGGCAUGGUCAUGACCACCAUGCAGAGGAACAACUCGGUCGCUGGCAGCCAGGACAGCAUCCUCGGCGGCAAGACGGCCAACGACACCAUCCAUCACGGGGCUGGCAAUAGGAACAGCGACGGGCACGAGGGGAUCCAGAAGACGGUGGAGUACACGGUGCAGUAUUCGAAUAAGGACUGA